UCUGAGAGAUUUGCAGAGUUUUGAAAACAUUCACUUUUAAACCAACAAAUGCACAAAACUGUAUGUGUAAGAUGAUGUUUAACGCACGUUUGUAGAUACAUGGAAAACUGUAAAUUAUUCUCUGUUGAUAUUUAACCUGCAGAAACUUCUGGCAUUGUUGUUUUGUUUGUACAUUAUUCGAGCAUCGGAUUCAUGUUUAUAAAUGUCACCAAUAUUGUCAUCACCCUUAACGGAAGACUUGUUUGAACACGAACAGGAAUAACUCCAGGUGUUUCAACUGAGAUCUGCGGGAUAAAACAUUGUAAAAUGAUGUUUAUUAAAGAAGAGAGUGAGGACAUGAGUUAUCCAGAAUCAUGCAGUUCAAAUGUCAUGAAAAAUGAAGAUACUGAGGAACAAAGAGAUCUUUUAGUAAAAGAGGAAAAUCAAGAACUGAAUGAAGUGAAGGAGGAGAAAUACCAUCCGGAUCAGACACUUCAUAGUUUCAAAACUGAACAAAAUACUUUUAGUGGCUCACAAACUGAAACUUUAUCACAAAAGAGAACUAAAAGAACAAGAGUAAAACAUUCUUUCACCUGCAAUCAGUGUGGAAAGAUUUACGCACAUAAAGCAGGUCUUAAGCGCCACAUGAGAAAUCACACUGGUGAGAAGCCUUUCACAUGCCAUCAGUGUGGGAAGAGUUUUAAACGUAAAGAAAUUCUCUUAAGGCACAUGAGAAUUCACACUGGAGAGCAGCCUUUCAUGUGCCAUCAGUGUGGGAAGAGUUUCAAAUGCAAAGAAAAUCUCACUAGGCACAUGAGAAUUCACACUGGAGAGAAGCCUUUCAAAUGCCAUCAGUGUGGGAAGAGUUUCAGACAGGCAUGUAAGCUCAAGAAACAUCUGUCUGUGCACUCUCGAGAAAAGUCAUAUAGCUGUGAUCAGUGCGGCAAAACAUUUUCUUCAGCAUCAGUCUUAAGGACACACUGGAAAAUUCAUCCAAAUGAGAAGCCUUACUUAUGUUCGCUUUGUGGAAAAAGGUUUUCAUUUCAGCAGAGUUUAAAAGUCCACCAGAAAAAACACUCCGGUUUGACAGAUUAUGCAUGCUCUGAGUGUGGGAAAGCCUUUUACAGAGCUUGUGACUUGGAAAGUCACAAAAGAAUCCAUACUGGAGAAAAACCUUACAAGUGUUCACAUUGUAAAAAGAGUUUCUCUACUUCAGGAAACCUGAAAAAACACGAGAGAGUGCAUACUGGAGAGAAGCCGUACCACUGCACUUCAUGUGGGAAGAGUUUCAGUAUUUUAGGAAACCUAAAAGCACAUGAGCGAGUGCAUACUGGAGAGAGGCCGUACCACUGCACUUCAUGUGGGAAGAGUUUCAGCCAAUCAGGCUCUCUACUGACUCAUAGAAAAAAUCAUUGUCUAGGAUUGUCACAGUGAGCAAAGUUAAUCUUUAUUUGCCUGGAAAAUAGUCUGAAAAAAAAGCAUGGAAUUUCGCUCAAAAGUUCAAUUAAAGCUACAUCCAGAAAUUAUGGGAACAAGCGCUCCAACAGCGUGUAAGGAAUAAAAAAACAACAACAGUUGAAUCUUUUAUGUUACAAAACAAUUAAUUAUAGGCCAAACCAAUAGGUUGCACUGUCAACAAUUUUUAUGGUGCAGUCAGGUUGUGGUGAUAAUGACACAAAGAUUCAUGACAAUUUGCCAAAGCGUUGGCAAGAUACAGCCUCAGAUCCUUUUUGGCAUCUUGCCAUCUACUUCAUUGGUAUGCUUUUCAGGAACCGUUUGGUCUGUGGAAAAGUAUAUCAUCCAUCCAUUUGUAUGAUAUACCCCAAAUUCUGUGCCAAUCAGACGGCCGCCUUAGGAGAUUGAAAAAGUAGGUUUUUAAUUACAUAAAAAAAAUGGCGAAUAAGAAAUAUUUCUGACCGUGCAAAAUGGGUAUCAUCAUGCUCAACCUGACCCAAGGAAGCAUUUAUAAAUUAUACAUUUCAUUACAUCUUUUGACCACAAAGUGGUACUGCCCUUAAAAUGUGUAGGUAUUAUCCACAUUUUUAAUGUUUGUUAAAUACAAAAUUCAAAAUGGCUCACAUUCGAAAAAUUGGUAUUAUUUGACUGUAUCUCCCCAUUGAAUCUAGUAUUCAGACAUUAUUAGCAAAAUAGCCAUUUUUCUUUUCUCUUGGUCAGUAGGAGGCACUGUGCAAAACUGUGUAGACACCCUUAAGUCAUGAUUGUUAUGACAUAUACUAAGUUUCAUUUAUAUAUGCCAAAGUGUUGCAAAGAUACAGCAUUGUGUUGACUUUGGCGUACUUACAGUUCAAUUAAUUAUAUGAGAACAGUUUGAUUUAUCAAAAAACUUUUGAUAGCUUUUUGUCACCAGUUUGCCCAGAUGAUACAUGCCAAAUUUUGAACAAAUAAUACAUAAGGCCUAGGAGUUUGAAAGUCAUUUUUCUGAAAAUUAAAAAAGGUGGAAAAUCGAAUAUGGAGGAUAAUGAAUUCUAGGACUAACGGUUUAAAAAUUGAGCAUAAACAUAAGUGAAACUUUGAACUCUUGGUGGCACUAGAGGGUUUGAGUUAAAGACCCCAAAUUUGUUAUGGCUGAUGUUCAGACUCUCCCCUUUAUCAGUGAGCCCAAAUUUCACAAUUUUACUUUUAAAGUGGUUCUAUGGGCUGCCAUACACUUUCAAGACAGGAAAUAAUAAUAAAUAACUAACAGAUACAUUAGGGGCUCUGGACUAUCUGUUCUUGGCACCUAAUUAAAUGGGUGAAUUGCUGAAUUACCUGUAGAACUGAACGACCUGUCGUUGUAUGUAUGGGGCAGAAGGACAUUUUUACUUUUUUAACAAAUUAAAAGGAAAGCAAAGCAUUCGUUUAGAAAACUGUUGUUGAUGCUGUGUGAAAUGCAUCAAAUAUUGCAAGAAUUGUUU